GGUCGUUUGACCGGCAGCAGAGAUACAGCGUCGAGUGGAUUUUUGUAUUCAGUUUUUGAAAGCUCAGCAUCGCCAGUGACCAGCUCUAAAAAUCGAGUUAAAACAGCUUUAUAGGAAAAGGCUUAAUCUGUGAAGAUGGGCAAAGAGAAGAUCCAUAUUAACAUUGUGGUGAUUGGCCAUGUGGACUCCGGCAAGUCGACUACCACCGGCCAUCUGAUUUACAAAUGCGGCGGAAUCGACAAGCGUACUAUCGAGAAGUUCGAGAAGGAGGCCCAAGAGAUGGGCAAGGGCUCCUUUAAGUACGCAUGGGUGCUGGACAAGCUGAAGGCGGAGCGGGAGCGUGGCAUUACCAUCGACAUUGCUCUGUGGAAGUUCGAGACGGCCAAGUACUACGUGACCAUCAUCGAUGCCCCCGGACAUCGCGAUUUCAUUAAGAACAUGAUCACCGGUACCUCGCAGGCCGAUUGUGCGGUUCUGAUUGUGGCCGCCGGAACCGGAGAGUUCGAGGCCGGGAUCUCCAAGAACGGCCAGACUCGUGAGCACGCCCUUUUGGCAUUCACGCUGGGCGUGAAGCAGUUGAUCGUGGGCGUCAACAAGAUGGAUUCUACUGAACCGCCAUAUAGCGAGGCUCGUUAUGAGGAGAUAAAGAAGGAGGUGUCCUCGUACAUCAAAAAGAUAGGCUAUAAUCCGGCCUCUGUGGCCUUUGUGCCCAUCUCUGGAUGGCACGGCGAUAAUAUGCUGGAGCCCUCCGAGAAGAUGCCGUGGUUCAAGGGAUGGUCCGUGGAACGCAAGGAGGGCAAGGCGGAGGGAAAGUGUUUGAUCGACGCGCUGGACGCGAUCCUGCCGCCCCAGCGUCCCACCGACAAGCCGCUCCGGCUGCCACUUCAGGACGUCUACAAGAUCGGAGGCAUCGGCACCGUACCAGUGGGUCGCGUGGAGACUGGUCUCCUUAAGCCAGGCAUGGUUGUCAACUUCGCUCCAGUCAACCUGGUCACCGAGGUUAAGUCGGUGGAGAUGCACCACGAAGCGCUUACCGAGGCGAUGCCCGGCGACAACGUCGGCUUCAACGUGAAGAACGUGUCCGUAAAGGAGUUGCGUCGUGGGUAUGUGGCUGGCGAUUCCAAGAACAAUCCUCCCAGGGGAGCUGCAGACUUCACCGCUCAGGUAAUAGUGCUGAACCAUCCAGGCCAGAUAGCCAAUGGCUACACUCCCGUAUUGGAUUGCCACACGGCCCACAUUGCCUGCAAGUUUGCCGAGAUUAAGGAGAAGUGUGACCGCCGCACGGGCAAGACCACCGAGACGGAGCCGAAGGCCAUCAAGUCUGGAGAUGCGGCCAUUAUAGUGCUGGUGCCCAGCAAGCCGCUGUGCGUCGAGAGCUUCCAGGAGUUCCCACCGCUGGGACGGUUCGCAGUGCGCGACAUGCGCCAAACUGUCGCCGUCGGCGUCAUUAAGUCGGUCAACUUUAAAGAGACGACCUCGGGCAAGGUGACAAAAGCCGCUGAGAAGGCACAGAAGAAGAAAUAACUAGGGUGCCAGCAGAACUACGACAUUACUCGAACCCAACAACAACAACAUCAAGAACAACAAAAGCAGACGGCUAGAGCAACAGCAACAAUAACACAUAACAACACACAUGUCAAAAUUAUAAUAUCCACUCGACGAUCAAAAGCAAACCAUAGCUCCGUGGCAACCAAGACACCAAUUACUACUAUUAGCAGCUGCCGCCAGAGGCAGAUAUUAUAUGAAAUCGAGCAGAUACUACCCUAUAAAUUAACCACAAGUACGAUUAGCGAGAAGAGCUGCAGCAAAGGUGCGAAGAAGGAUUCUUUCCAGCUCCUCGGGUCGGUUUUGGUCCUCUUUACCCUACUGGUCUACUGCAGCUAUCUGAACUUGUAUCGUCAUCGCAAGUCCUUCCGCAGGAAACCCAGCACCACCUACGACUGGGAGUGGGCAGGGUCCUUCGGAGGCCUGCUGUAGCCUGCCUCUUCGAUAUAUACUCAUCUACAAACUAACCUUACAUUUGAUUAGCAGUCACACAUCCGGUCGUGCAUCAUCCACCUGUUUCGAAUGGAUUUUAAACACUUUUUAUACUUUUGAUAAGUCAAGUCGGAGGCAUUCGAUUUAAAAUCUAUUAUAAAAUGUAAUUUCCGGAUUUAGUUUUAAACCACGCCUACACUCCAAAACAAAAACCCUUAAAACAAAAAAAAAACCCAAAAAGAAGACUACAUUCGUAAUGAAUUUAAAAUUUCUCUUGAAACCAAAAGACAAAUGCUUAAGAAGUAUUACAAAAAAAGGAAUCAACAUAACACACAUAAUCAUGCGGUUUUUUGAAAACAUUAUAAAUGUUUGAUCGAGCCUCAUUUGAAUUUGCAUACUACAUUAUAUACGUUAACCACAUGUCAUUGCAUUACCCAUAACCAGCAUAUAAUACACGUUACUCUCUCACACUCUGAAUUUAUACAAAUCGAAAACAAUUGUAACCGACACCAGAACUCUUGGAUUCAGAACAUGUUGCUUGAUACAAGAUCUUUUAAAUGAUGAGAAAAAUAAAGGAAGCUUAACCGUAAAUACCACAAAA